AGUGUCUGACGUCACAUUUGGUUGUCAUGGCAACACUUCCUCAAACAGGAGCUGUUAAACGGAGUUUUCUUCUUUCACGUUAUUCUCCAAAUGGAAAGUUUUGGUCUGUCUGUGAGAUAAUCUGUGAUCGAGGUCGUUGUACAGACAUGCUGCUUGGACAGAGGAGAAAAGCUCAGUGUCGGGAAUUUACCGGCCCUACACCUCACUCAGUGGCAGUGCGAGCCAGACAGCCAUCAUGCAGACCCUCUGAUCACCUGAUCGUUGAACGAAGGAAGCAGGAGGCUGCUCGCAACAAUGUGCUGCAGUUUACCAAGGACCAAAGUGCCUGUGAUCUGAGAAUAGACUGGGAAAAGAACACCGAGCAGAGGAUGGUGUCGGCCACUAUUGAGCGGCGCGUCCAGAAGGCAAUGGAACAGUAUGAGAUGAGCAUUGAUGAACGGAGAGAAAGGCUGCGUAAAAUGCUACAAUCUGAGGAGAGAGAAUUGUUGCAAGAGAUGGAUGCAAAGAAAGACACUGUGAUUGAAAGGCAAACCAGGAUGCGCGAGAGAGCGAAGUAUCUGCAGGAGAAAAGAGAAAGCGAGAGGAAGAAGGUGGUUGCUGAGAAGCUUGAUCAACUCUUCAGAGAGCAGAGUGAGGAGUUGCGGGCUGUGCACACGCGCCGGCACCAGGACCAGGUCUACACAGAGCGUGCAGCACAGAUCCAAUCACGCCGAGAAGAGAGUCGACUGCAGCAGGAGGAAGAAAUGCUGUUUGCACAGCUGUGGGAAGGAGAUCGCCUGGCCAAAGAGCAGCGUGAGAACCUGCAGGCUCAACGUCAGAGAGAGAACAACUUGCAGCAGCUGGCUUUCCUGCGCAUUCAGAUGGAGGCUGCAGAGCAACAGAAACUGCAAGCCAAACAGCUCAAAGAUGAAGAGGCCCAGUUACUGCGAGAUCAGAGGGAGAUGUUGCGUCUGGAAGAGCAGCGGGAACACAGACAGAAGCUCCAGAAUCAGGAGAACCGGCGCAAGCAGCUAGACACCUCACUGCGUCUGAAAAUGAAACGUCUGGCACGAGAACAGCAGGAGGAGCUGGCAUUAGACAUGAGCAUCCUUGAGCAGCUGCUCACACAGGCGAAGGACGAGAAAAAAGAAGAGGCUCUGAGGAAGAUGGAGCUGCGUGAGGAACAGCACAGGUAUCGUCAGUACCUGGCGGAGCAGAUGGAGGAGCAGAAACAGCAUGAGGCAGAGACGGAGCAGCUGAUGGAGGCUGAGCUGCAGCAGACGUGGAAGCGCAGGGCUGAGAAAAACCGUCUAGAGAAAGAAGCCAGAGACCGGCUUAUGAAGGAUGUGCUGGAAACACGGCGCUUACAAAUUCAGGAAAAGUUGGAGAGGAAUGCUCAGAAACAGGCUGAACUGGCUAAGGAGAGAGACGAGCUGAAUAGAAUCAUCCAGGAACACAAGCUGCUGGACGAACAGGAAAAAACACGUCUCAGGGAAGCAUGUCAGGAAUAUAAAGCUGGUCUGUCAGCUCAGAUUUUGGACAAGCAGCGCCUGUGUGAGGUCAAGAAGGCAGAGAACGACCGGGAGGUCCAAAGGAGUCGAAUGGACCAGGAGAAAUACAGUCAAAAGGUGCAGGAAAUCCUGUCCAGGCCGACGUCACACACCACCGCAGUUCACCCUUUCAGAAGAAGAAGGGAUCGACCAACGAGUAACAAAACCUGAAAUCAAUAGCGUGAUUUUAAACUGCGAAUAGCUCUCAGUGAAAAAUUCUAAGUGAGCUCCUGCACCUAAUAGUUAUAUAGGGUGAUAUACAGUAUCUGGAUUGUGAUUAAGAUGUGCUAAGCAAAAUAAAAACUUUCCUCUGUACUAUUUUUGGUCUGGAUUAUAACAAGUUUCUUCUGAAUUGCACUGUAGUUUGUUUGUGCAGCGAUAUUUUCAAAACGUGUCUGACUUGACUGACUAGAUUUUAACAAGGUUAAUUAUUUAAGGGUUAAGUUAAAGGUUUUGUUAAGGGUUUGAAUCAUUUCUCAAUGCGAAUAAAAGUCAUUCUUUUUCCUCUUACAUUAUACCUAAUGUAAUAUUGAGACUCUUUUCAUGAUGUCAUGACUUCCCUAGCAACUUUUAUGUUUGCUUAUGUCAAUCACAAUAAUGUGUAAACCGGCCACGCCCCCAGAAUGCACAGGUUCUUGAACUAGAGCUAAGAGAACAUCUAGAUGAUGUUAAUCCCAAGACUUGUAUUUGCAUAAAUGAGUUUACGCCUAAAUU